AGGGAAGUGAACUGCAGCAGAAGGCGCGACAGGCGGGUGAAACUACACUUGGGAAACCUUAUUCUCCGCCGGAGACAUGGACAUGUGGAUGAAGGUGUGGCCUGCACUGGCCGCUGUCGCAGUCGCGGUAUCCUCUGCGGCGCUCGGCACGCCUGUGGAACAGUUCAAAGCGGAAGAAUACAAUUCUUCGGAGGCGGUGGACAGCCUGCGCCGGCAGCUGAUGAAGGACAACUACGACUACAUGCUGGAGGCGAACACGGAGCGGCCCUACCGCUACCACGCCGAAUCAGACGACGGCGAGCCGCCCACCGAAGCGGUCAGAUCUAGCACGUCGAGCACGCUCGAGACGCCCGUCGACUUCUACACGAAGGUGACGAGACGCGACGUCACCCGCACUACGACUGACCUGAGAGACCUCCGACGUAACCCGAUGUACGACCAAAGGUCCAAGUACGUAGCGCCGAGCGAGCGGAGGAAGCUGGCCACGGCGGGCGCCGACAAGAUCCUGUACGACGACGAUAAGGCGCGCAGACAAAACGAUAGACAUAUUUUGACAAAUCCUGCGGUCACGGACGUCCAUACCGAGGUCUCGGACGACCCGACGCCGCCCUACGAGCUCGGAGAGUCUCGCCGCCACGACGGCGCCGCCGACACCACGGUCAAGUACAGCCUGCUCAAGGUGGCGGCGGCGCGGCGCAGCGGUCGGCGGGCGCACCUCGUCAAGGAGGAGAAGCCGGGCGAGGUGUCCAUCGUGAACCUGGGCGAGGGCGCGGUGCCGCAGUUCCGGCUGCCGCGGCCGCGCGCCCAGUACAUGCGCGACUCCGACCCCGAGUCCGACCGGGACUCCCCCCGCGAGCCGCGCGCCCCCCGCGCCCACCUCGAGCCCCUGCCGGCCGUCGACCUAGAUUGAUAAAUAAACCAUCUCUACUCCGAAUAAUUUUUUUCUCUCUCUCUCUCGUUCCUUAUGGUCUUUAGAAUCGAGUACAGUGCAAUGGCAUUUUAUGGAAUCGCGUUUUUUACACGAGGUUUAUUUCCUAUCGCCGGUGCUGCGCCGAUUUUAUUACUCGAAUUCCAUUUAAAUUUAUUUCGUCAUAAGAAGUUUAUUUCGUACAACGAGACAGUCGCGUGGCGGUCGAGCGAUCGACAUGACGUCACGGGGCCGGGCGCCGGGCGCGCUGCUGCUCUGCACCCUCGUGUGGCGCGCCGCCGCAACCACACGUAUCCCACAAAAUAUUGACAAAAAUUUAUUAGAUAUUAUAAAACACAAUUUAAGACGAAACAACGACGACUACGACGACCGUCUGGUGGGCGUUGACGUCAACGCCGCGCUCGCCCCCCGCGGCCCCGCAGGAACCCGCGAGCGCCGUGUC